GUGGCAGGUCAUGGCACGUUACACCAUUUCAGCAGCAGCCCUGGGCUGUUUAGGCAAAUGAGAGUGUGUGGCUGGCAGAGGCAGGGCAUUUACCCUCUCUCCCCCUCUCUUUACUGCUUCUUAUUCAAAUUUGGGUCAGGGGUGAGGAUUUCUCACGUCACACAAGCUUGCAGGCAAGAUGGCGCUCGGAAAGCUGUGAGAUGUGAAAACAGAAUGACUGUUUGAAGAGCUUCUGUCGAUGCUUUAAGGUUUCAUAGGUGAAGAAAAAGUUGGAGGAAAUGGAAUUGCCAAAUCAUGCCAAACAAUUGCUGCUGCAGCUAAACCAACAAAGAGCCAAAGGUUAUCUCUGUGAUGUGAUUAUAGUAGUAGAAAAUGCCCUUUUUCGGGCACACAAGAACAUUCUGGCAGCCAGCAGUAUCUAUUUCAAAUCCCUUAUCCUUCAUGACAACUUGAUUAACCUCGAUACAGACAUGGUCAACCCGUCGGUUUUCCGGCAGGUUCUAGACUUCAUUUACACUGGCAAGCUUUUGUCAUCUGAUCAGUUCAGUGACCAAAAUUUCAAUGCCCUUCUAACGGCAGCAAGCUACCUCCAACUUCAUGACUUAGCUGCUCUCUGCAGGAAGAAGCUCAAGCGUAAUGGGAGAUCCCUUCUUAAUAAACCCACCACGCCUACCAAUGGAAGAACUUCUAGGAACCAAAGGCUAUCCUCUACACCUGUAAUUCCAAACCAAAUGUCAGGGUUAAAAGACAGUGAGAAGACAAAGAGGCAUGAGGAGCUACUCAAAGAUGACUUGUCUGAGGACGAGAUGUUUGCAAGAAAUGCCCACGGUGCCACCUCUGUGAAUUCGCUCAGUCCCUCAACGAGUAAGAACGGAAGCAACGGCAGUUGUGGCAUGCAGGAACUUGGCCUAGACCUUUCCAAGAAAAGCCCCUCAGGGAGCACAGCCACUGAAGAAGUCAGUCCCAGCAGCAUCCCACAAGAAUCACCUCAGUCUGCCUCAGAAUCCACAGCCAACAGUGCCUCAUUUGAUGAGAACACCAACACGCCAAACCUCACCGCUGGAGAGCCCAUGGAGCUGGGUGGAGGAGAAUGUGAAGAAAGCCAACCACCUCCAGAAGUUGACCUGCAUAAAAGCUCCCGGCAGGUUACCCGGCAGAGGCGGCAACCCAAAAGUGAAGGCAAAAAGGUUGAAGAUACAAAACUUAAAACUUUACCCAACGGAGUCACCAAAAGAUUGAAAGUGUCUGGGGAGAGGCUCCCUGGUGGAGGUAAUGGCAACUCCAAAGCAUCCUACCAGUGUAAAGAGGAAGAUUUAGAGAAUGGACAGGAGCAAAGUGAAGAGAGCGGACAGAGCGAGAGCGAAGGUGGCCGGAAUAGCGCCAAUUACGUCUACCGCCAGGAAGGCUUUGAGCCUGCACUCGGUGACAACCUUUACGUUUGCAUUCCCUGUGGUAAAGGCUUCCCGAGCUCUGAGGAGCUGAACGCCCAUGUGGAGACCCACACAGAGGAAGAGUUGUACAUUAAAGAGGAGGAUGAUGAUUCCUAUCCAAAGGAAGAUGAAGUAGAAGCAGAAGACUUGUCUUCGCAAAUAACCCAUAUCCACGGCACAGAGUCACGUCGCUUUAGCUGCUCGGUCUGCAACAAGAGCUACAAAGAUCCAGCCACUCUUCGUCAACAUGAAAAGACCCACUGGCUCACCCGUCCCUUCCCCUGCAACAUCUGCGGCAAGAUGUUCACCCAACGUGGCACCAUGACGCGCCACAUGCGUAGCCACCUGGGGCUGAAGCCCUUUGCCUGUGAGGAGUGCGGCAUGCGCUUUACCCGCCAGUACCGGCUCACGGAGCACAUGCGGGUUCACUCAGGUGAGAAGCCGUACGAAUGUCAGCUAUGUGGGGGGAAAUUUACUCAGCAGCGUAACCUCAUUAGCCACCUACGAAUGCAUACCUCUCCGUCAUAAGCCAAAGACACCUUGAACAGAAGACCCUCAGCAAAAAGAGUCAAUGCACACCUCUUCCUUUUGAAGUACACUGCAAGGAGCCGAAAACCCAAAGCAGGAUUCUCUUCUGCUGUAAAUUACAGGAGGAGCCUUUCAAACAAUGAGCCCCAACAAUGGAAAGAAUAAACCAACCGGUAUGAGUUUAUGGGCUUAUGAUUUUUUUUUUCUUUUUGAAUAUUGCUGUGAAUGUAAAAAUUGGGUACUAAUGUUGCUGUAUGAUUUCUUGGGAUAUUGUGACCACUCUCAACCACUGCUUUUGCUUUUACGAUAUAUCUGGAGUCCAUGUUGGCUGCCUGAUUGUUUUUCUUGGUAUCCCAGAAAUAUUCCUUCUUUCCAGUCUUGGUCCUUGUUAAAGUAUCACUCUCGAGAGUUCUGGUGGUAUAGUCCAUGUAAAACUCUCAGCAAGGUUUGGGCUUGUAAUGACCAGGUUAUUCUAUAUAGAAAGGUUAAAUUCUUUGAAGUGUCUCCUAAGGGUCUCAAAGAUAGUGUUGUCAGACAUGCAAGAUGGCUUGUCUGUCAUCAUUUAUGUGGUGUUUCAUAAAAGCUUUGUGCAUCGAACCAAACAUAUCCCAGUAUACCUACUCUGCACAUCACAUCCAUUGGCUUUAUUCUAGGUGUAGCUGGAAUACAGGGUCGUUGAUAAGUUUUGUACUGUGGUUGAUUCAGUUAUCAGAUUUAGCAUGGAAAUACCAUAAUGUACCCUGCUCAUACAUCUGGAUGCAAGCCAAUGGCAAAGUGGUGACGAGAGGCCAUGGGUGUCCUUUGUUGUUUACUCGUAUUAGCAUAUAGGGGUUUACUCUCAAAGAAAAGCCAAACUUAAAGGUACUUGUUUUUAGUUUUCUUUAGAUAACUUAUUGAUAUGCCUCUGUGAUUGUUUUAACUGGAAAUUCUUUCCUUUAUUUCUUUUGGGAUCAGAGAGGGUUGGGUUGGUUUGGGUGAUGGGUUGGGCAGGGUUCAUUUUAGUGAUGUUGAACUUCAUAAAUUCUGUCGGUACUGUUGUUUUUCACUUCUUUUUUUUAAAUUACAUUUUUUCCCUUCACUGAACAAGGCGAGUCCGUAUGGACUUGUCUCAUUGCUACCUCUUAAUUAAGAACAAUACAUUCAUUGGAACUAUGGAGGUCUCUGAAUAUAGAUGUAUAAAGUUCACUGAGGCUUUCAAAGUAGUUGUCACCUGCCCAUCAACAAAGGUUUUUCUUUUUUUAAAGCAUUAAUGUAGAGAAUAGCUUCUUUGGGCGCAUGUAUUUAAGGUAUUGAGAGUUUUAUGUCAGAGAAAUCCAAAGAUAAAUUUAAUAUUGGGGAGAAUGGCUUACCAACAAAUGUUUCCUGUAGAAUAUCCCUACCAAAGGUUUUAGAUUGCAUUGCAGGAGGUAAGGAUGUACUUUUGUCUUUUAGUUCUUCAUGAAGAGCAAUGUAGUGGGAUGUUAGUUUGUACUUGACAUUUUACUAAAAACCAAUGAACUUCUGUCUUCUGGUGGAUGGUGGGCCGCUGGCUUUCCGUUUUUUUAAGUUUACAGUUAGUUUCUCAAGAGUGUCUUUUGGUUUCUUACUUUGUCUGCAGAGAGACUUUGAAGAACUUCAAAAGGACUAAUUUGUUUUAGUUCAGAGCAAGAAAAAAAAAACGUGCGAGAGCAUUACGAGUGUUGUAGGUUUUUGUUACAUGUCGACCAUACUUGGAAAGCUUACUGAGUGAGGAGGAAUUGAUGCACUGGAUUGCUUAUUAGUCAUCAGCCCCAAAUAAAACCUUGUUCUAAAACGAUGCUAAGUUAUGUGGCGUCGCGUAAAAACCAUUAUCAUUUAUUCAUUCGAGGUAUAGGUAUUAUGUAAAGUGUGCAUGUUAAAAAUAAUUUAUGGUUAUUCAAAAUGCUGGUAACUGUCGAGUGAAUGUUACAUGGUCAGUGUUGGGUAAACGCUGAUGGAUGUAUAGUCCAGUGCUGAAUUCUUCGCUGCCAUCUUCAUUUCUUAACUCUGUUACAGAUAAAAAAAUUUGCCAAUCCCAGUGUAUCACAUUCCAUGAAUAAUUCUUAGCCAUCUUAAUGUAAAAGUCUUAAUGGCAUUCCUUUUUUUUUGGUUCUUUCUCCAAAAGCUUGUUUGUGCUUGCUAACGAUGAACUGUGGGGUGCCGCUAUAGUCGUGUUAACGGAGCAAUGUUUACAGCCAUCUUUUUCCUGGAAUCCUUUUGGUCUUUAAUUGAGCUUAUUCAAGUUUAAUUUUCAAGUGUCUCCAUUAGUUAUUCAAAUUCAAUACAUUGGAGACAUUUAUAAUUUCU